UUAGACUAUUAAUUACUAUUGGGUUUAAAUUAGUUAAUAACUUCACCGUGGUGUAAGCAUAGCGCUCUAAUCGUUAUAAGAUUUUCUAUAUAAACAGACGUUACUUUAACUUGUUGGUAAUGUGUUAAGUCGAUAUUUGUAUACUUUAAGAAUGGCUGGUUCUCUCGCUACAAUUGCCAAAUUCUAUAACAAACAAACAUUUGCUAAACCCCAACCUCACAGUGAAUUAAUCGAUUGCACUGAUUACGUUUUGAAUUUCAAUCCUCGUAAAUUCGUUCAGAUAGGAUUGGAUCCAAAAGAUCGAUUUAACGUAACUAUUCGUUUACUAUCGUCAACCCGUUACAUACUUAUAACGAUAGAUUUCCUACAACGGAUUUAUACGUUGAUGGGUAAUAUUCUGUCGCUAAUUUUCGACCCUGUAUCAAGACAAAAGAUUAUUUUACUCAAGGAUGAAUACGUCACACUCUCAAAGACUACGUUUCAAGGAGAGUCUUCGCUAGUCUUUGAAUCACAAGCACAAGAUGAAUGCCGAGUGUUACUCACCCAAUCAGACAUUUUAAAACUCAGCGCUUUGGAAUGUUGUAUCUUUGAGACUAUCAAUCAAAAGAUGACUGUAAUUCAACCAUUGGUUCUACAACAGUUGGAACAGAUGGCUCAAUAUAUGAAAUCUCAGUAUGAAGUAAAUGUGGAAAACAAAUGUAUGUUGAUCAAUGCGGUUUCGGAUUAUACGAUUAGAAAUAGUUUACCCAAUAGCGAUCUGAGCUACAUAAGCCAAAUAAAACAAUUUGCGAGCCAGCAGUUGGAACAACGGUGGACGAUGCUGGAAGAAUAUACUAAAGAAAUGUCUUCUAACGGAGAAAACGUAUGCUCGACAUUUUUUGGGUCGCUGGCCGAUGAUAUACAGUCGGAACCAAUCAUACCAUCAAAUACAAAUAACCAAGAAAUACCAACAGUAGUUGUUAGUAAUAGCUAUCUGUCGACAAGUAUCUAAAACAUGUAUAUAAUUAAAAAAAAAAAAAAAAUUGUUUAAAAUAAACGUAUGUUGCAUUGACAUGUGCUGUUAUUAUUAUAUACUGAGACAUUGUGAAAAUCUCGUUUUUAACGUAACUUGUAAUUAAAAUUAUAAUGGAUACAAAGACUAUAAAUACGUUUAAAUAAUAAUGUUUAAAAUAAUGAUUAUUAUCUAGGAUUUUAUUUAUAUCAUAUGAA